AUGGAACUAGACUUUGGACAUUUUGAUGAACGGGACAAAACCCGCACCCCUCGAGGUGGCCGUAUGAAUGGACUCCCCAGCCCAACCCACAGUGCCCACUGCAGCUUUUAUCGCACACGCACACUGCAAGCGCUCUCCAAUGAGAAGAAGGCCAAAAAAGUGCGCUUCUACCGCAAUGGCGACCGGUAUUUCAAAGGCAUCGUGUACGCUGUGGCCAACGACCGGUUUCGCACCUUUGACGCUCUCCUGGCUGACCUCACCAGAUCACUGGCCGACCACAUCAACCUCCCACAGGGCGUCCGCUUCAUCUUCACCAUCGACGGCUCACGCAAAAUCUCCACUUUGGACGAGCUUGAAGAAGGAGAGAGCUAUGUGUGUGCGUCGGAGAACUUGUACAAGAAAGUGGACUACACAAAGAACGUCAACCCCAACUGGUCAGUGAACGUGAAGGCCUCAGCCAACCAGAAAAACAUCCAGUCCCUUGCGGCCAAGUUUGCCGGCGACUCCAGGGAGGGUAAAGAUUUUGUUCGGCCCAAGCUGGUGACGGUGAUGAGGAGCGGUGUGAAGCCGCGUAAAGCUGUGCGCAUCCUACUCAACAAGAAGACUGCACAUUCCUUUGAGCAGGUUCUGACUGACAUUACAGAAGCCAUCAAACUGGAGAGCGGAGUGGUGAAGAGGAUCUACACUCUGGACGGCAAGCAGGUUACUUGCCUCCAGGAUUUCUUUGGUGAUGAUGAUGUCUUUAUUGCAUGUGGGCCAGAGAAAUUCAGAUAUGCGCAAGAUGACUUCUCUCUGGAUGAGAAUGAAUGUCGAGUGAUGAAGACUCCUAAAGGUCAGCGGGGUUCAGUGAAGAGUCCUGCUCCUAUACGGCGGUGCAAGUCUCCUGCUGAAUCCACUAAUGGUACGGGCUCCAGCAGUCCACUCUCCACCCCGAUUUCUAAGCAUUCCCCCACCUCCAGCCCCACCAGCCCAGGCCCCAACAACAAGCAGAAGGACCUCUAUCUUCCAUUGUCUCUGGAUGAUGAGGACUCUCAGGGAGAAUCUAUGUAA